AUGCACUCAAGCUUGCCGAGAGACGUGGAUUUCACAAAGAAGCUGACUCCGGCCGAGCUGAUGCAAAGUAUUAUGGUGGCCACAGCCUCCAACACAGCCUUUGUGGCCGAGAUGGCACAUCGGUACUGUGCCUUAGUCGAGGAGCAGGACACCGGCAAACUGCAAGAUCAGAUUGCCAAGUUGAAAAAGAAACUGCUGGUUUCCGACUCCGAGAAGUCGGAGCUUCAAAGACGGCUCCAAGAAGCCGAGUCUAAGGGAGAGGAGGCCGAAGCCACGAUUAACAGCUUCAAGUCGGCUCUGGAGGAAGAGCAGAAGAGGGGGGAGGAGGUGAAGAAAACCCAAGAACAGGCCCUCGAGAGCGCAAGGACCUCGGCAGUUGAAGACUUCCGGAGGUCAGAGAAAUUCAUUGGGGAUCUCGGCCAACUGACGAGGCCGAGUUUUAUGCUAGGCUUCACAUCGGCCAUUGACGAGGCCGCGGCUCAUCUUCCCUCCGAGGCCCUGGAGUCAUUGAGGAACAAUGCCAACUAUAAUGAAAACUCCAAGGAGCUGUGUGAUCGGAUGGCCGAGGGCAUCCAAGCUGGGAAGAAUUUGGCCGAGGUCCAAGAAGAAUUCAACAAAUGGCUGUCCGAGCUCGACGAGGUGUUCGACGAGGACGGGGAAGAGGAAGCUGGGAGUGACGUCGGCGAGAAGCCUGGGGGUGACGGAGAGCAAGAAGGAGAAGGUGGUGGAGAGCUUCGCCCUGGCGGGGAAGAGACUGGGGAGCAGACGACCUAG